AUGGGAACCUUCGGGGUUCCCGGUGUGGGAUUUGUGGAAUGGGAAGUGCAGAAUUCCCCGACAGGAGGAGGUGGAGUUUCUCAGAGAGCUGGAAAUCAUCUGGAGAAGAUAGGAAGCAGAUCCUGGCAUCUGGAAAUACAACAGCCGUUCUUUGGUUCACGCGAACUGAUGAUGGCUCAGCUGUGCACGCUGCUGCCAGUCCUGUUGGUGGUUUCAGUGGCCGAACCUCUGAGCAACUCUGAGGGAAAUGAAAAUGAAGUCUCGAAACACAACGAGGUGCAAACCACAAGCCAGAACCAAGUGAUUGAGAAUGCUGUUGGAAAUCUCAGUGUGACUACGCCAGUCUUCACCAUGACCACGUCGGCAGUUUCUUUAACUGCCACGGUUUCCUCGCACCCCAGCCUUGCACCCCGUUGUCCAGGGAACCAGGUGGUGCUGAAGAGCGACUUAGGCUGUGGUUGUCUGUCCUACAUGGUGAAAGAUGGAGAUGACUGCACGUGCACUGUGGGCUUCACUCUGAAGGGAGCAGCAGAGUGUCAUGAUGUUGAUGAGUGUGACGCAGAGAAACAUGGACCUUGUGGGUUUCAUGCCAGCUGCAUUAACACACCUGGUUCUUACUCAUGUAGCUGUCUCCAUGGUUACCUGAUGGGUGCUAGAGGCUGUCAAGAUAUCGAUGAGUGUGCGCUGGCUACAGUGACGGGCCUGAAGCCUUGUCCGCCUGAAGCCACAUGCACAAACACUGCUGGCUCCUUCGUCUGCUCGUGUCUGUCAGGUUAUGUCGUGGCUGCAAAUGGACAAGACUGUGUUGAUGUGAAUGAGUGCAGUUUGGUGGAACAGUGUCAUCGUGAGCUGGGGAACGUGUGUGUGAACACUCCCGGCAGUUUUGUGUGCCGAUGCCAGCCGGGCUUCAGAGCGGAGGCUUCUGCAUGUGUCGAUGUGGAUGAAUGUACAGCGAGUCCUCAGCUUUGUGAUGGGCGCGGCGUGUGUGAGAACACGCUCGGUAGCUACAAGUGCGUUUGUCAGCAAGGUUACCGGGGAAACGGCACGCACUGUGAAGAUGAGAACGAGUGCGCAUCGGCACAUCAUGGUUGUGAUGUCAACGCUCACUGCGGCAACGUCAUUGGCUCAUACUUCUGCCAGUGCUACCAGGGCUUCAAUGGAGAUGGAUACUCCUGUUUUGACAUUGAUGAAUGUGCUGUGGACAACGGUCACUGUGAGCACAACUGUACCAAUGAGCCUGGAGGGUACAGCUGCCAGUGCGCUGCAGGCUACCAGCUCCACCGGGACCGCCACAACUGCACAGAUGUGGAUGAAUGUUUGAAUGCAACCUGUCAUCAUCUGUGUACCAACACGCACGGAUCGUUCCAUUGCUCCUGCAGAUCCGGCUACCAGCUACACAUUGAUGGUCACAGCUGUGUGGACAUUGAUGAAUGUAAACUCCACAAUGGCGGCUGCUCACACACCUGCACCAACACACCAGGAGGACACAUCUGUCACUGUCCACCUCCACUGCUGCUCCACAUGGACAACCUCCGCUGCAGCAAUGUCACAUCUUGUAAGCUCAGAAAUGGAGGUUGCGAUCAUCUGUGCUCCGUGAUGUCUGAUGGUCGUGUCCGCUGUAGCUGUGAGCAGGAUGGAUGUUGGGCAAUGACCUGCGAAGCUGCUUAGAUGUGAAUGAGUGUGGGGACUUCACAAAUGGAGGCUGUGAGCAGCUGUGUGUGAACUAUCCUGGUGGAUUCAACUGCACCUGCAGGGACGGGUACGAUGUUCGAACUGACAACCCAACCAAGUGCCAGCCUGUGUGUGACCCUGUUUGUCAGAACUAUGGUGUGUGUGUGGCCCCAAACAGCUGUGACUGUCCUCCAGGCUAUCCCGGUCUUGGCUGCUCAGCCAUGUUUUCUCCACCUUGGUGCCCAUGGAGGAACAUGUAGGCCUGGAACAAGUGUCUGUGUCCUGCUGGCUGGACCGGAACAGGCUGCCACAACGCGAUAUGUGAGUUGCCAUGCACUAACGGUGGUCGUUGUGUGGCUCCCAAUACCUGCCAGUGUCCUUCUGACUACACCGGUCCUCAGUGCCUCUUACCCCUCUGCACACCUGCAUGUCAGAAUGGGGGAAGAUGUGUGGACGUCAACAAGUGCACAUGUUAUGAUGGAUGGGAGGGAGCUCGCUGUCAGAUAGAGCCUGUUCAGUGUCAGAAACCCUGUAUGAAUAGUGGCAUGUGUGUCGGCCUCAACCGGUGUCGCUGUGCUUCAGGAUUUACUGGACGUGUCUGUGAAACUGCAGUGAUCACACCCUGCGUGCCACCCUGCCGACACAGAGCCACUUGUAGCCCUCAUAACACAUGCACCUGUCUAGAGGGUACAGCAGGCGUGCGCUGUGAGAGA